AGACCAGGAGGGAAGAAUCAUAGAAUUUCCGGAUUCCAAGUCUGCCCAUGAGUAAACCCAAAUGCACAAUGGGACUGAUGUCUUCCAUGGUGGCUCCGGCUAAGGAGCCCAACGCCAUGGGCCCGAAGGAAAUGGAGCUCAUUCUGGUCAAGGAGCAAAAUGGAGUGCAGCUCACCAACUCCACCCUCAUCAACCGGGCACAGACCCCUGUGCAGCCCCAAGAACGGGAGACCUGGGGCAAGAAAAUCGACUUUCUCCUCUCUGUGAUCGGCUUUGCAGUGGACCUGGCCAACGUCUGGCGGUUUCCUUACCUUUGCUACAAAAAUGGCGGUGGUGCCUUCCUGGUCCCCUACCUGUUCUUCAUGGUCAUCGCCGGGAUGCCACUCUUCUACAUGGAGCUGGCCCUUGGGCAGUUCAACAGGGAAGGGGCUGCCGGGGUCUGGAAAAUCUGCCCGAUUCUGAAAGGUGUGGGCUUCACGGUCAUCCUUAUCUCGCUCUACGUCGGCUUCUUCUAUAAUGUCAUCAUUGCCUGGGCGCUGCACUACUUCUUCUCGUCCUUCACCAUGGAGCUGCCGUGGAUUCACUGCAACAACACCUGGAACAGCCCCAACUGCUCAGACGCCCACUCCGGCAACUCCAGCGACAGCUUGGGCUUCAACGACACCUUCAGGACCACACCUGCAGCAGAGUACUUUGAGCGUGGCGUGUUGCACCUCCACCAGAGCCGCGGCAUCGGCGACCUGGGCGCUCCCCGGUGGCAGCUCACGUUCUGCCUGGUGCUGGUCAUUGUGCUGCUCUACUUCAGCUUGUGGAAGGGAGUGAAGACUUCCGGGAAGGUCGUGUGGAUCACAGCCACCAUGCCGUACGUGGUCCUCACCGCCCUGCUUCUGCGUGGGGUCACCCUUCCUGGAGCCAUCGAUGGCAUCCGAGCGUACCUGAGUGUUGACUUCUACCGGCUUUGUGAAGCAUCUGUUUGGAUAGAUGCUGCCACCCAGAUAUGCUUCUCUCUGGGCGUCGGGUUUGGGGUGCUGAUCGCCUUCUCCAGUUACAAUAAAUUCACCAAUAACUGCUAUAGAGACGCAAUCAUCACCACCUCGGUCAACUCCCUGACGAGCUUCUUCUCUGGCUUUGUCAUCUUCUCCUUCCUGGGGUACAUGGCGCAGAAGCACAGUGUGCCCAUCGGGGACGUGGCCAAGGACGGGCCUGGGCUGAUCUUCAUCAUCUACCCUGAAGCCAUCGCCACGCUGCCCCUGUCGUCGGCCUGGGCCGUGGUCUUCUUCGUCAUGCUGCUCACACUGGGCAUCGACAGCGCCAUGGGCGGGAUGGAGUCGGUCAUCACUGGACUCAUCGAUGAGUUCCAGCUGCUGCGCCGGCACCGUGAACUCUUCACCCUCUUCAUCGUCCUGGCGACCUUUCUCCUCUCCCUCUUCUGUGUCACCAACGGCGGCAUCUAUGUCUUCACACUGCUAGAUCACUUUGCAGCCGGCACAUCCAUCCUCUUUGGGGUGCUCAUUGAAGCCAUCGGGGUGGCCUGGUUCUAUGGCGUCGGGCAGUUCAGUGAUGACAUCAAGCAGAUGAUUGGACGGCGGCCCGGCCUGUACUGGCGUCUGUGCUGGAAGUUCGUCAGCCCCUGCUUCCUCCUGUUUGUGGUCGUGGUCAGCAUUGUGACCUUCAGGCCCCCGCACUACGGAACCUACAUCUUCCCCGACUGGGCUAAUGUGCUGGGCUGGGUCAUCGCCACGUCCUCCAUGUCCAUGGUGCCCAUCUACGCCACCUAUAAGUUCUGCAGCUUGCCCGGGUCCUUUCGAGAGAAAUUGGCCUACGCCAUCACGCCCGAGAAGGAACAUGAGCUGGUGGACAGCGGGGAAGUCCGCCAAUUCACGCUCCGCCACUGGCUGAUGGUGUAG